AGUGCUCGCACCCAUGUCCGGCCUCUGCUCUCGCAGACGAAGAGCCAGGACAGAAAGCUGCUGCUGGGCCCCUUCUGCACAAGUGCCCGCUCCAGGCUCUGCCGAGCCCGGCCCGUUGAGGACGAAUGUCUGUCCCCUGCUCCCACAGCCGAAGAGCCAAGACAGAAAGCAGGUGCUGGGCCUCUUCUGCACACGCACUUCCAAGAGCUGGAAGAAGGUGGAAGAGCUGCUGGCUUCCCGGCAGCACAGACGAGCAGUGGCCCUGGGAAGACCCACCGGUCGCAGCGCCCCCCGGUGCUCUCUUCGGCCUCCCGGUGGAGUCGGCUUUUGAAGCGGAGGAAUUACCGGACUCCUGCACCAAUGUCCUCACCUCCUCAUCCUCGCCCCUCUCCUCCUCGUCCCCGGAGAACGUGGAGUACUCGGGGCUGGACUUUCCAUCGCACCCCGCGCCCGGAUCCUCCCCGGACUUCAGGCCCUGGACGCUGCAGCCGGGGACGCUGCAGAGCCCCCUCCCCAAACAGCGCAGCCCCCCGAAACUCCCCCUGCCGGCGCUGCCGCGGCCCCGCAGCGCCGCCGGCCGCCUCCUGGAGCCCCGCUCUGAACUCUCUGUUCGCCGUCUUCACCGGCGCCGGUGCCGACGGGCUGUGGGCGGACGCGGCGCGGGGGCCCCGGGCGCCGCAGCAGCCGCGCAGCGCCCCGAGAAGCCCCCUCGCCCGACCCCAUCGGGGAGCCGCUGCCGUGGGUCAGGCCCCGCAGCCCCGGCGGGGAACAAUCCCGUCCACCUCGGUUUCUUCUCCCCGGCGCCGCCCAGCGCGGGGGAGUCCUCCAGCCCCUCGCCGUGGACCUGCCAAGGGUUGGGGUCGAGGCUGAGCGAGGGCAGCACGCCCGUGGCUUCCCCCGAACAGCCGGGUGAGUGACAGGGGUGCAGGAGCUGCCCCCGUUACCCUUAACUCUGUGCUCCCCCCCUCCUAGGGUCUCACCUGAAGAAGAGAGCUGAGACCAGACCAAAUUCAUUGCACGGCUGAGACCCCAUAGAGCCCCCCUGGGGCGUUCUGCCAUGGUGGUACCCCAGCACCCAGCUCCCGAUUGCUGCAUCUCCCAGCUCCCAAGGAUGCUCAGAUCCCCUGGGAGCCCCAAAAAACCCAUGUACCAUGCCGGCGCAGUUCAGCAGCGAGGGCAGCGCACUGUCAGGUGUUGAGGUGGAGCUGACAAGCUCUGGGCACUGCAUGUCACUGGUCAGGAAGAGGUUUGCUACAGGUAGAGCUAGAGGGGGACUACGUGGGGGGAUCAAGGUCCUCUCCUCAUCCCCUGUGGCACCAGGGUACAUCGGGUCCCCUCCUUGGAGAGGACAGGGUCCGUUCCCUACUCUUUGGGGUGCAUGGGAGCCCCUUUCCUAGGGCGUACAGUGGUCCCUUCCCUGCUCCUCAUGGCCCUGGGGUGCAUGGGGUCCCUUUCCCAAGGUGGGUAGGGUCCCUUCGCCACUCUAUGGGGUGCAUGAGGUCCCUUUUCUAGGGUGCACAGGGGUCCCUUCCCUGCUCCCUAUGGCCCUGGGGUGCAUGGGGUCCCCUCCCUACCACCCCAAGCUCCAUUGCCCCUCACUGGGUGAUGCCCCCUAGCGAUGCUCAGGAGGGUGCAGAUUGAGCCCUGGCCGUGGGGCAGUGAUUGUCCCUGUGCUCGACACGUGGCCCCAGCCCUCGCAGCUGCCUCUCACCCCCUUUCCUCCGCAGGGAUCUAUCUGGCUGCCUUCCCCCAGGCUUCCCCCUUGGUUGUGUGUGAAACACUCGACGGAGGCCGGCUGGGGAAGGGGUGCUGCCAUGUGGGAGUCCCCUGUCCUCUCCCUCCUCCUCUCCCUCCGGCCCUCCCCGCUCCAUGACUGUCACUGCGUCCCCUCCCCUGUGCUGUGACAGGAGCAGGAGCUGCUCUUUUAUUAAACACUUUAUUUUCUAA